AUGGACUCCUUCUCCGGCAUACCGACUCGGAACAAAAACACUGCUCCUCAAUCAGAUCCCACAGAGCCGAGCACGAGUUUCACUCUUCCAAUCAUCGGUGUCACCAGCAAUGAGCGCGUGCCAGAUGUCAGCAUCCAAGAAACAGCGACGGCGACAGCAAGCGCAAUGGAAGUAGAAGCCGAAACACCACCAACAAACGCAGCACCUGCUGCUAGCACAUCAGCGACAGCGACUACACCAGGAACCUCGCAGUUGAUCAUGACACGUAUAGUACAGGGCCAGUCCGUGACAGACGAGUACUUCUUUCUGGCAGCCGAGUGCAGAUCGAUGAAAAUCCUCUUCAACCUGUUGCAGAAACACCUAAAGUCCACGCACCCAAAGACCUGGGGUGCUCUCAAAGGAAAAUUACCUCCGGAUGGGCGGCCCAGCAAGUUCCUCCUCCAGAAGACCCGCGGAAAGGGCAACCAGAAAUUCAUCCAGUCAGAUUGGAUCAGACCAGGCACCUACUCGAACUGGUACAACAAUGAAAUCAACCAUGGCGACCGAAAGAUUCCCUACCGCAAGGUGGAAAUCCACUUCUCCGAGUCCCAUCUUGAAGAAUACAUCGGCCCAAUUUCCGGCCUUACCGAGGAGGACUUGGAGGAAGCACGCGAGCGAAAGGCCGUCCCGCUGGUCAAGCGACCUUACAAGCGCAUCGCCUACGUCAUAGAGCAGAAGCGCCUGGAUGGCAUUCGUGACCAGGAGAUCGCCGACAGCAUGGCCAUGGGCGCGGCGGCCACUCCAGAGCCAAGACGCUACUUGCCAACGACGGCGAAGUGGGCUUGCAGCUCGUUGGCGUGGUUUUCGACCUUGAAAUCCGCCGACUACAUCGCCGUGGAUUGGGAGGAUGGAGACGAGGAGGACGAGGAGGACGAGGAGAGUAAGGAGGAGGAGGAUGAUGAGCCCGAGGUCGACACCAGGGAGUAUUGGGACGGGGAUGCGUGGGACGAUAAGAUGGAGGUCGACGAGGACAAGGGCAAGGGCAAGGCCCAGAGAUACGACAAUGAGUACGACGACGACGACGCCAUGGAAUUCUAG